GAAAAAAAAAAAAGAAAUUAAUAUUCAGAUAUCUUAAUUUCCUUUCUCUUCUCCUCUCUCAUUCUUCCCUGUUUCAUCUGAUAUUUUUCAAUCUCAAGCUCCGACCCGAAGAAAAUGGGCGUUCCGGAAACCGACCCGCUUUCCCAGCUGAGCUUGCCGCCGGGGUUUCGAUUCUACCCUACCGACGAGGAGCUUCUGGUUCAGUAUCUAUGCCGGAAGGUUGCUGGGUACCAAUUUAAUCUUCAGAUUAUUGCUGAAAUUGAUCUCUACAAGUUCGAUCCAUGGGUUCUACCAAGCAAAGCGAUUUUUGGUGAGAAGGAAUGGUAUUUUUUCAGUCCAAGGGACCGGAAGUACCCGAAUGGGUCGAGGCCCAAUCGGGUGGCCGGGUCCGGGUACUGGAAGGCCACCGGUACUGAUAAGGUUAUCACCACCGAAGGUCGGAAGGUCGGAAUCAAGAAAGCGCUUGUGUUCUAUGUCGGCAAAGCUCCCAAGGGGACCAAAACCAAUUGGAUUAUGCACGAGUACCGCCUCAUCGAGCCUUCACGAAAAAAUGGCAGCUCCAAGUUGGAUGAAUGGGUUCUGUGCCGAAUUUACAAGAAGAGCUCUAGCUCGAGCGCAAUACAGAAGCCGAUGAUGGUGUCAAACGUCCCAAGCAAAGAACAAAGCUGUAACGGCUCGUCGUCUGAGUGCUCUUCCCAACUCGACGACGUCCUCGAAUGGUUGCCUGAAAUUGAGGACAGGUUCUUCACUCUGCCGCGAAUCAACUCCCUCAAAACUCUACCGCAGCAACAAGAGGACACCAAGCUCAGUCUUCAGAAUCUGGGUAAUCUCGGGUCGGGCAACUUCGACUGGGCGAGCCUAGCCGGGCUCAACACGGUGCCGGAAGUUCCUCCCAACACCCAAGCUCAAGCACAAGCACAGAUAAAUUACAACAAUGACGCUUAUGUCCCUUCGAUCCCACCUCUCUGCCACGUGGAGUCGCCGCCGGAGAGGAUGAGAAGGCAAGCGGAGGAGGAGGUCCAGAGCGGACUUAGAACUCAGCGAGGCGAAAACUCAGGACUGUUCCAGCAGAACUCGAGCAUGUUCACGCAAAGCAUGUGUACCCCGAUUGACACCUACGGAUUGGGCUCCCGGUUCGGGAUGACCGGGCCGGGUUUCAGCUUUGGCAGUGGAAAGUGAAAGUAGAAAUCAGUUUGAAAAAAAAAAAAAAAAAAAAAAAGAGUGGGGUAAAAGUAGCGGGUAGAACGUAGAAGUGCAUUCGGUAGGGGAUAAGAAAGGAGUGCAUUUGGGUAAAUACCUGGGAUUCUUUGGGUUUAACAAUCUGGGUUUAGAUUUACAGAAGAGGAAACUUUACCCUCUUCUUCUUUUGCUGGGUUUAGGCCAGAACUUUGGAGCACCAUCAAGGAAGGAUCAUUGUAAUGCCAGUUAAAAUAGAAUGUAAUUUCCAUCAGUCAAACUCUGCUGGUUACUUUGUCAUCGGUUUAGAUAAACCUUGAUGUAAGACGCAAGUAGAUGCUAAGAUCCUGUGAUCUUGUAAUAGAGGCUACAUAACCGAGUUCAUGAAUCUUCCUGGGACAGUUUUAGUCCUAAUGUUAUAUACCACCGGUUGAGAAC